CUCCUGCUUCUUCGAGAUGAAGAUGGUUGGCAUGUUUUUGGCACAGGGGAUUUGCUUUGCAUCAUUAAAGGCUCUUUCUGAGAUAUUUUAGGGUGUCAUUUGAGUGUCAGAUCAUUGGCCCUCAUUUUAACUUUUUUGUUUGACGCUCCAGAUCAACUGCAUCUUUCCACAUGUGUAGAUCCAGCAUCUAAACCACAGAGAUGACCCAUACCGGUUCAUCAAACCUCAACCUCACCUCAACACUGAUUCCUCCCCUCGCCACCAACACUUCUCCACCAAACCGUGAGCCUUACCUCCACAGACUGGCCCACUUAGACGAGGGCCUCUAUAAUGACUUCUACAGCCUAUGGAUUGCUCUGGUGGUCAUCAACACGCUCAUCUUCAUGGUCGGCAUGACCCUCAACAGUCUGGCUUUGUACGUUUUCUGCUACAGAACCAAACCCAAAACCACAUCGGUCAUCUACACCAUUAACCUGGUGGUGACGGAUCUACUGGUCAACCUCUCGCUCCCCACUCGCAUCGUACUCUACUACAGUGGAGGAAAAUGCCUCAGUUGCUCCUACAUGCACAUAUUCAGCUACUUCGUCAACAUGUAUUGUAGCAUCCUCUUCCUCACCAGCAUCUGCGUGGAUCGCUACCUAGCCAUCGUUCAAUCAGAAGCAUCGAGAAAAUGGAGAAACCCCAAUAUAGCCAAAGCGGUUUGUGUUUGCAUUUGGUUGUUCGCCAUUGUCGUGACUUAUUCGCUUUUAACAACGGCAUUCAAACACUCUGGUCUUUCAAAACUCUUCGCAUUAACCAUAUUUGAGUUCUUCUUGCCAAUGGUAAUCAUCGUAGCAUUUACCAUACGAAUAGUAUGCGCUCUCUCCAGUCCAGGCCUCAUGCAGCAGAGUCGCGACAGACGCAUGAAGGCCAUGCAGCUUCUGUCGACCGUAUUGGUGAUCUUUACCAUCUGCUUCACGCCAUUUCACGUCCGUCAGGUUCUCUUUUAUUUCCACCCAGAUCUUCCUCAUCAUGUGAUUGUGUAUCACGUGACUGUGACUCUCAGCAGCCUCAACAGCUGCUUGGAUCCUGUGGUUUACUGUUUCGUCACUAGUAACUUUCAGUCAACUAUGAAGAGGUUUUUCAGGAAGAUGGAGAGAGAGCAGACGAGUGGAGAUGUUGCGAGCGUCCAGAAGAGCUCCAAGGCUUCAGGGGCAGUGAUUGCUUUGGAUAAUGGGAAAAGAAUGAAUAUGAACAGCCGGUCGGCAUGAGAACCCACAAGUGAACAGUGUGGGAUUCAGAUGGUUGGCAUUAGGAUGUCAAACCACUGGAAUUUGUUAUUCUGCAAAACUGUAAAUAGCUUGAUGUAGAUUUUAUGAGACUGCAUUUUAUUUUGAACUUUGCAACUUCUUCGUGUAACUACAAUGACCAUGCAAUAGUGCUAAUAUGAUAUACAACAGCAUUUAUUUUAUACAUUUGCAGGAAAGGGUUUUUACAUUUGUUUUGAUGCCUAGGAUCAUGGUGAGGGAUCCUGAAGUCAUGUGAAUAUUUAUAUUUUUGCCUGUUAUAUUGUUGCUUUAUGAAGGGAAAAAUAAAUAUUAUUAUUAUAUUAAUUAUAGUAUUAGGAAGCACGGUGGUGCAGUGGGUAGCGCUAUUGCCUCACAGAAAGAAGGUCACUGAUUCGAGCCAUGUUCUUCCUGUGUUCGUGAGGGUUUCCUGCAGGUGCUCCGGUUUCCCCCACAAGUCCAAAGACAUUUGAAUUGAGUAAGCUAAAUUGUCCGUAGUGUAUGUGUGUGAUUGGGAGUGUAGGAGUGUUUCCCAGCGAUGUGUUGCAGCUAGAAAGGCAUCUGCUGUGUAAAACAUAUGCUGGAUAAGUUGUUGGUUCAUUCCGCUGUGGCGACCCUAGAUUAAUAAAGGGACUAAUCCGAAAAGAAAAGAAAGAAAGAAGAAUUAGAAGUUUUUCACACUACAAACUUUCUUUUGCCAGUUAUUACAACAUAAUUGCAAGACAUGUACUUGUAAUUGUGAGGGGGUGGGGGGGUCUGGUGUCAGAAAUAAGAGAAAAAAAUCUGAUUUGGUUUAUAAACCUGCAUUUCUAGCCUUGUCUCUUGCAAUUGCAUUUUCUACUGACUUCUUUCCACAGAACUGUGAUUUAUAAAACUGCAAUUGCUAAAAAGUCCAGUCCAAGUUUUUUUUUUUUACUUUUUC